AUGGAUUCCAAGAUUAGGAUAGUUAUUGAAGGAGAAAUUAUUUCCUUACAAGAUUUGCUUGAUAAGGCAGGUAGCUGCAUUGGUGAUACCGAUACACCAAAAUCGACCCUUGUAAUGUAUGAACGUUGUCUUACUGAGGGUCUACGACGAUUUGAAGAUAGUUGGUCACAGAAGGUGGCGAUUAUUUCACAGGAUAGUGAAUAUGAGAGGUUAUGUAGAAGUUAUAGAGCAAUAACUAGAUGUGUAAGGAAAGCUAUUGCUAUUACACAGAGAACUAUGAGCGAGAUUGACACGGGAGAUAUAAAUCAACAGCCCGCUUUGCCUCCUCCUUCGGCUCCCUCUAACCCUUUCCCUCCCCCUAAACUCCCAGCAAUUAAGAUACCUGAAUUUAGCGGUGGGGAGGAAGAAUGGCUUGCAUUUUGGGAUAUAUUUAACAGUUUAGUUCACGAUCGUAGGGAUAUUUCCGAUGUGAUUAAGUUUUCUAUACUCAGAGCUAGUUCAAGGGAUAACGCCUUGAAAGCCAUAGAAGGUAUGCUUGUCACUAAUGCCAAUUAUUCAGUAGCUAUUCAGACCCUUAAGGAGAAGUAUGAUAAUAAGGAAAAAUUGAAACGUAGACUUAUGUCCAAGUUAACACAUUUAGUCCCUCCCAGUCAUACAAUAGAGGAUUUGAACACGUUCAAAUUGGAAUAUGAGAAGAUUAUUCUACAAAUGAACACAUUGAAUUUAGAUGUAGAGGCCAUGAACCCCGUUUUCUCUGAGUAUAAUAUGCAAGAAAUUUAUCGCCUGAAACACGUAAGGCUAUAG